GAGGUGGGUGGGGGAAGACAGGAGAAUGAGGCAUCUUAGAAGCCACCAGACUUGAAAGUGUUUCUGGGAGGGGAGGAAAUAGCAGCCGGGUCCUACUCAAGGAAGAGGUCAAGUCAUUUGAGGACUUAGAAUUGUCCUUAGGUUGAGUGAAGAGUAUUUGCAAUGAGUGAUAAGGACGAAAGUGUAUUUGGAAUGGUUUCAAGACAGUGGGAAGAGAGGACUUGAAGACAGCACGUAUAAACAGUGCAUUCCCGUUUUUGAAGAGUUUUGCUGUAAAAGAGAGCAGAGAAACCAAGCACUAAGCGGAGGGGAAUGUACAUUUGAGAGGUUUGUUUUUUUUAAGAUGGCAGAUUUUAUAGCAUAUUCGUGCUGCUGGGAAUGAUCUAGAGGGAAGACUUGCUGUGGAUAGAGAGGAAGGAUCGUUAGAGCUUGUCCUCGAGGGGUAAGAAAGGGAGAGGGCUGGCCAUGGACGAGAGCAUUGAGCAUUUAUCGCAAGGAGCAGGAAGGAGCAUGUGAUUGCAGAUGCUGGCGGAUGGGGAGAUGUGGGAACCGGUAGAAGUCCUGAUUGCUUUAGCGCUUAGAUAGAAUAACCGAGGGUGGAGCAGAACAGGCCAUCGAACGUCCUGGCGGUGAGUAUGAAUGUACAAUUGUCUACAUUGUAGUCUUUGCCAGCUGUUCUAGGAAGUUGAAUCUUCCACCUUCUGGAGUUGUGCUAAGGGAACACCUUAAUUCUAAUCAGCCUGUGUUGAUUCCCCAGCAAAUGCACAGUUCUUGGGACAGGUCCUUCAAAAGACUAAUGUUUAAACACUGUUUCUAAAAUACCCUCUAGUCAGACGGAAGGUAAUUGUGGCAUCUGUUUAAUGUAUAAUAACAUUAUAAGUCAUGGCCUUUUUUGGUUACUUUAAAUCAAAGUAGAGAUGUUCAGGUACACAUUUUUGCACUUAAAAUUGGAGUGUUCUGGUUUUCAGAACUUCAAGAUUAGCCCACACCCAUUUACAAAAGGGGAACAAAUUUCAGUUUUAGAAUUUUCCACAGGUAGGAGAGUUGAUAGAUGUUAGAUAAGGAUUUAAGACUCAACUUGUCUUCUCUGUUAACGAGUCCUAGAGCACAGUGAUUUUCCCACUACAUUCUCCCUAUAGAAUCUUAUUGUCCAAUACAUUUUUUUGCUUUUCAGUUUCUACCCUAUCAAUCACACAUGAAAUUCCAAGUGAUGGCUUAUGGCUCAGACCCUUUGUUUUAGAAAACACUCAGGGACAGAGAUACGCAACCAGGCUACCCUUGCCACUCCUGAGCCACUUGCCUCUGAACUUAAUCCUUGAUCACUUGUGUAUUCAUUGGGCCUCGGUUUCUUCUCCGUGAAAGAGGUAGAGACAAGAUCACUGUUCCUAAAAGUCACAGGUUGACAAAAGUCACUUUUGUCCAAGUAACCUGGGAAGAAGCUUACUAAAAAAAAUAGAUUCCUCUGCCUCAUAGCAGCCUCACCUAAUCUCAAGAGGUUGGGAAUAGAGUGGAGGAUCUCCAUUUUUAAAAAAGAGAAAAUAUCCCUAGCUAAAUUUGGAAAUCCUGGAUCCCUCCAAAAUCUUUUGGCUUUUCUUACUGCACAAUCUGUGACUUCACUUUGUUAUCGCGGUCUGUUAGGUGAGAGUGUGUAAUGCUCGAAGCUAGACUCCUAAACUGUUGUUAAGGAAGAAGGAUGACUGCUCGGUGUUCUCUUAACUGCUUCUUUGUAGAAACAGCUACCUUUUACUCUGAUUAGUCAGGAGUGGCCUGCUGUCUGAGGAAAUGUGUAUGGAUGACACCCUUGAAAGUGUUUUAGGGUGGGGUGUUGGUUGUCUCAGAUUCUUCAGACAAACUAUCUAACCUUCAAACCGACCCAGUUAGGUUGGCACUGCUAUUAUCCCCAUUUUACAGAUGAGGAAACUGGAGCUCAGAAAAUCACCUAGUAAUAUACCUAAGAUCACACAGCCAAUAAAUGAUGGAGCAGUGAUUGAAACCCAAGAUUUUAUCUCUAAAGUCUGUGUUCUUUCUCCUCUGCCAUGCUGGUCCUAUCCUUCCCCUAAAGCUGGGGCAACUCUGGUCGUGUACAAGGACCUGCUGGUGCUGUUUGGUGGCUGGACGCGGCCAAGCCCUUAUCCCCUACACCAACCAGAGAGAUUCUUUGAUGAAAUACAUACUUACUCACCCUCUAAAAACUGGUGGAACUGCAUUGUGACAACCCAUGGGCCACCUCCCAUGGCUGGCCAUUCCUCCUGUGUGAUAGAUGAUAAAAUGAUUGUCUUUGGUGGCUCCUUAGGAUCCCGGCAAAUGAGCAACGAUGUCUGGGUCCUUGACCUCGAGCAGUGGGCGUGGUCCAAGCCGAACAUCUCCGGCCCCAGUCCUCAUCCUCGAGGUGGCCAAUCUCAGAUUGUCAUAGAUGAUGCAACUAUCUUAAUCCUUGGAGGGUGUGGCGGUCCCAACGCUCUCUUCAAGGAUGCUUGGUUGUUGCACAUGCAUUCAGGCCCCUGGGCCUGGCAGCCACUCAAGGUAGAAAAUGAAGAUCAUGGGGCUCCAGAACUGUGGUGCCAUCCAGCUUGCCGGGUGGGGCAGUGCGUGGUGGUCUUCAGUCAGGCUCCUAGCGGGAGAGCCCCACUCAGCCCAAGUUUGAACUCUCGCCCAUCACCUAUCAGCGCCACUCCUCCAGCCCUGGUUCCCGAAACCCGAGAGUACCGCUCUCAGUCUCCAGUAAGGAGUAUGGAUGAAGCUCCUUGUGUUAACGGCCGCUGGGGAACACUGAGGCCCAGAGCUCAAAGGCAGACCCCCUCAAGUUCCCGGGAAGGGAGCCUGUCCCCAGCCAGAGGAGAUGGCUCCCCCAUCCUCAAUGGUGGGAAUUUGUCUCCAGGAACAGCAGUGAUUGGUGGCUCUUCCUUGGACAGCCCUGUGCAGGCCGUGUCUCCUAGCACUCCAUCUACCACUGACGGAUAUGACCUCAAAAUGGGACUUUCUUUGGCCCCCCGACGAGGGUCACUACCAGAUCAGAAAGAUCUGAGGUUAGGAUCGAUAGAUCUGAAUUGGGAUCUGAAACCCACUUCGACCAGCAAUCAUAUGGAUGGUGUGGACAACAGGACAGUCGGGGGAAGCACGAGACACCCUCCCGAACAGACGAAUGGUGUGCAUACCCCACCACACGUGGCCAGUGCCCUUGCAGGGGCUGUCUCCCCAGGUGCCCUGCGUCGGAGCCUAGAAGCCAUCAAAGCAAUGUCAUCCAAAGGCCCCUCAGCAUCCACAGCACUAAGUCCUCCUCUGGGGUCUUCUCCAGGCUCCCCCGGGAGCCAGAACCUGAGCAGUGGAGAAACAGUGCCCGUCCCUCGCCCAGGGCCUGCCCAAGGGGAUGGGCAUUCCUUACCUCCCAUUGCCCGCCGCCUGGGCCACCACCCUCCGCAGUCCCUGAAUGUUGGCAAACCUUUGUACCAGAGUAUGAACUGCAAGCCCAUGCAGAUGUACGUGCUAGACAUUAAAGACACCAAGGAGAAGGGGCGGGUCAAAUGGAAAGUAUUUAAUAGCAGUUCUGUGGUCGGACCUCCUGAAACCAGCCUGCACACAGUGGUACAAGGCAGGGGCGAACUCAUCAUAUUUGGAGGACUCAUGGACAAGAAACAGAAUGUGAAGUACUAUCCAAAAACAAACGCCUUGUACUUUGUGCGAGCAAAGAGAUAAUAUGUUCUAAACCCCCUUCCCUUUCUGUGGCUUUUAAUUUUCCAGUGUGCAAGCAUUUGGACUGCGAAUUGGGAAAACAAAGGACAGAAUUACCCCAUAAUUACCCCAAACCCCCAGUUCCCAACCUCACUCACUGCAGGCUGGGGUCAAACCUCCAUUACGAAAAAAAUUAUAUAUAAAUAUAUAAAUAUAUAUUAUAUAGCCAACUCUGUUUACAGAGAGGGAGAGGUCUCCGUCCUGGUUCAGAUCAAAUUGUUGCUGUGUUUUAGCAGAGGCUCGGCUGCCUUUUUCUACAUUGCUGGUAACUAGACCAAGAAUUUAGGGAACAGACUAAUGUCAGAACUUAACCUAAGGCAACUGAAGAGCCCCCAUAAGUCCUUACGUGGCCUUCUUGGAGUUAGAGAAAGAAAGAGUGUGUGUAAGGUGCACAGGUGGAGGCUCCAGACCCACGAGCUCCAGGAGCUGGCAGGGGAAAAGGAGCCUGUAGAGAACUGUUCCUCCCUUCCCUUGAAAACCACAGAGGACCCGAGCGGUAAUGCCCUCUGCCUGGCCCCGUUCUGCCCUCGUGACUGAGGAAAGUUACCCAGCCGGGAAUUCUUGUCCACAUGUGUGUGCCAGGAUCACCGUGAGACGAUGUUUAUGCAGACACGCCUGUCUACCUAGUGUCCGCUGGUCUUUUGCGUGCUCCCUCUGUGUCUCAGAAAAAACAUUUUGGUGUCUGAUUUUGGAAUUUUCUGACAAUCGUAUUUGAUUGCAAGUUGCCAAAAACCACAUUUGUUCCCUUAAAACUUGAUCCUCA